UUUCCAACGAGCGAUUGUACACAAGGACUAGCUGUAGUUCACAAAGCAAUCCAUUCUAUUCAAGACUCCUGAUAUAACGAAGCCAUGGACAACCAUUCAUACAACUUCCCCUCUGACUGCACCCCGCUCACCAACUGCAAGUCUGCCCGUAAGCCGGGUGGAUCCACCGUGGUGAACAUGGGCAACGCUGGCAAGAGUCCUCCCCGGGACUAUCUCCUCUGGUCACUGUGCAACACCUUGUACGUAAACUUCUGCUGCCUGGGAUUCAUGGCUCUCAUCUACUCCAUCAAGGCCAGGGACCAGAAGACCCAGGGUAACCUGCAGCUUGCCCAGGAGUGCUCGGACAAAGCCAAGUGGUACAACAUCCUGGCGGCCGGCUGGAACAUGCUGAUCCCUCUCCUGGCCGUCGUCAUCCUCGUCCUCCUGCUCGUCCACCUGGGCUCGUCCCAGGGCUCGUUUGACUUCCUCGGAGAGGAUGGCCUCAAAAACUUCUUCAAACUUUUCAGCUGGUAGAUGGACUGGGGGGAGGGAGAGAGAAAAGAAACAAAGAAACAAACACAUCAAUCUCAAAACGUCGACCGAUUCACAGUCACCGUCAGGAGAGGGCAUUUGAUUAGGCUCCGCAGAUUAGAUCAGACGUGACAGCUUCUUAUAACCUGAGCCAGAGUAGGGCAUGUGAUACAAGUCUGAGCGUUCUUUUUUCUGUACGGAACAUCAGAGACUACCGAGCUUUUGUAAACCUGUUCAGUAUUAAAAUAACCCUAUUGGCAAAUGUAAAUAUUUUGUCAAAACAUAGCUAGACAGGAAAUUUGACCUAUAUUUGAGAGUUACAAAGGUAAAAGAAUUAUAAAUAAAGCAUAAGACUUUUGAAUAGGUCACUUACUGGUCAACCAUGUGAUACAUUUUCAGUGCCUGUGAUUUGUUAUUUCUCCUAAUUUGUAUUUCUAAUUAAAAAACUUUAGCAUCAGAACAUUCCUAAUUGUAAUGUCAGUAUUAAAGGCUGUUCAGCCUGCACCUGCCAGUCUCUCAAAAAUGGUUAGAAAUUUGCUGCAAAGAUUGAAGAUGCCUGAAAUAAAAUAUAAAACAAAGAAUGACUUAUAGCUGAAUCCAGACUGAAAGACUGAGCAUGCAGCUACUCUGAGUCAUAUUUGUUGUUAUUUAUUGUAUUUAUGAUGAAUGUGGAAUUUGGAUGACAGCUGAAGUUCCCUCUGGUCAGCGCAGACAGAGAAGAGACAGAGACAGAGAGAGCAGAGAGAGAAGAGAGAACUGCAGAGUUUGAAAUCCGUGAUGAUGAAAAACCACUUUACAAAUGACCUCUCAUUGAAAUUCCUCUAUGUCUUAAAGAUUUUUUUUUAAAUUGUAUUACUGCUAUAAUAGGCUUCAUAUAUUUUAUGUCAUUAUUCAUGUAUUUUAUUCAUUUAUUUGUUGUUUUACGCAUCUUGAUCUUCUUCCAACCUCUUUGUGAGUGAGCUUAAUAAAACAGAUACUGUGAACUCAGUAUUAGAAAACAAA